ACGAGGGAGGCACUGGAGGGCUAUUGUCUGUAGCUUUACGCAAAAACGAGAAGAGUGUCCUUUUAAAAUAUUUUACAAGCUGAUCUUUACAUAGGAUAAGCACAACAUAUAUAUAUAUAUUUUAGAUAAACCAUUGGUGUAAUACUGGUUUUCAUUUGAUAAAAUUAACCCAAUUUCCGACAAUUCAUUCAUUAGAGUCAAAUCUCUGUAAAGCUCUGCUGACAAGGAACCCGCUGGUUCCACUGCCUUCUCCCAGCCUGAAAAUGAGUGAGCCUACCGCUACAGAACCCCCUAGCGAUGUGACCCCCAGUGUUACUACUGGUGUUACCACUGAAGUUGUAGAUCAACUUUCUACUAAUGAAAACGAGCCCCCCAAGGAAGAGGUCAAGUUGGCGGCAACAGCAGGGAAGAAGCAGACCAAGAAGAAGGUGGAGGAGGUGGUAGAGGAAGAGGAGGAGGAGUAUGUGGUGGAGAAGGUGCUGGACCGACGGGUGGUAAAGGGACGCGUGGAGUUUCUGCUCAAAUGGAAAGGCUUCUCCGAUGAGGACAAUACAUGGGAACCGCAGGACAACCUGGAUUGCCCUGACCUGAUUGCCGAGUACAUGCAGAAUCAUCAUAACAAAAAAGAAAGUUACAAGAAAGAGUCUGGUGGCAAGAGGAAAGCUGGCGAGUCUGACACAGAGGCAGGGGGUGAAGAAGGCAGGCCCAAGAAGAGGAAAGAUGAGGCCGAGAAGCCCAGAGGCUUUGCUCGUGGUCUUGACCCCGAACGGAUCAUUGGAGCCACAGACUCCAGUGGAGAGCUGAUGUUCCUCAUGAAAUGGAAGAACAGUGAUGAGGCGGACCUGGUGCCGGCCAAGGAGGCCAACAUUAAAUGUCCACAGGUGGUCAUCUCCUUCUACGAGGAGCGUCUGACAUGGCACUCCUACCCCACCGAGGAGGAAGAGAAGAAGGAUGAUAAGAACUAGCCACAGGUCCAGGAUGAAGGGGAAGGGGGUACAGAGGGUGGGGUGGAGGGUGUGGGACAGAGAAGCUGAUUUGUUUCAAAACCUUUCUGCAAACCCGGACUGUUAAAACUAAAACAGAGGUUGACAGAUGGGUAGGGAUGAUAAGACUUGUCAAGGAGGUGGGUUGUGGGGGGGGGGCAUGGGUAAAUAGAACUCCUAAGUCUCAAGAUCACUUUAUCAGGCCUCACUUUUGGGUCUCAUCAGAUAGAAUCAUGGGAUAUGUAGUUUUCAGUCCCUGAGCACUGAAAUGCUUCAAAAUCACCAGCUCCUCUUAGUGUAGUUUCGCCUCAGAAAAGCUUUUGUCAAGAUACCUCGCUAACUCAAAAGUGUAUCACUACAGCAGCUGAGUUUACAAAAUGGAAUGGUCCGAUUCCAAAACACGAUCCAGCAAAAGUUCUCAGCUAAUAGAAUUGAAAUAGCCAAUCUUCAUUUCCAGUUUUCUUGCGUGAAAUGUUGAAGUUGAUUUCUUGUCAGAACAUUAUCUUGUACCUACACAUCCCUCAUCGAGCAACUUGCAGUGCUUUUUGUUUGUCUUUCUACUUUUUAUGAAACCUGUUUUAAGUGUUGGCACCUGCCUUCCCUUGCCAUAUCAUUAUCAUAUAAUGUGUAAAUAGUUGCGGUUAUAUUUGGUUAGUUUUAAUUGGUUAUGAGAGCGAUCUAAGAAGGAUUUUAUUUGAAUUUUUGGGAUGUUCAGACUAGAGUUAAUUUAUAUUCUGGUCUUUAAGUGUUACACAUAGGAGGUGUAUAGAGGUGUGAACAAUGGUGUGAUGCAGGGUUUCCAUUAGCAAAACAUGGUGCUGGACAUUUGACGGGCAGCAUUUUAAUUUACCAGACAUUUGAGACGUUUUCCCGACCCAUAUGCAUUGUGUGCGUAAUCUGAUUAGGGCGUACAGCCACGGUGCUCAGAAUGACGGAUCACAUUUUAGAUUAUGGUCAUUUGUUUUAAAAGAACAUGCAAAUCGAGGAUGCAACAGCGUGCAUCUUUACCGAAUUCCGAUGCGCACUUUGAAGAUGUUAGAAUAACUGUCCGCUUUUACUUUUCCUCAGCCAGCAAGGUGAGUAACAAACAGCAAAAUCCCUAGCCUAUGUCAAUAUACUAUUCCCCAUAGUAGAACAUUUGACCUAUUUAUUGGUCAGCUUGUCGUUCUGUGCGAGGAAAGAAAUGGCCUACUCCAGACAGACUCUGGGACAACAGAUCCCAAAUGCAUACAACCAGUAGGCCUAGGCUACAUAACAUUAUUUAUGAAAAUAACCUUCAAGCAAUGACACUGAUGCAACCGAUCAGAACAUUUCGCUUAAAAUGUUGAUUAAACUAUAAUUUCUUCACAUACAGUACCUUGCAAAAGUACUAAUCACCCUUGCCGUUUUUCCUAUUUUGUUGCAUUACAACCUGAAAUUAAAAACACAU